GGCUCGUGUAGAAAAUCACAGCAGAUCUGUGAGAACUGAGAAAAUCCCCAAAUCCACCACUUGGAUUGAUCGACUGACUGACCACAGACAGGCACAGAGAGGCCAAACACAUAGACGGUAUAUGCAUGCAGGCAUGCAUGCUUGCUUGCUCUACUCACAUGGGCAUUCAAGGCGACUAGGUAGGUCUCAACUAGAAGUUUGAGUGCGCCUUUAUGAGUGAAUCUGGGGAAUGCCAUCAUCAUCGACCCGAAUCCAGGAGAGAAGGGGGACAAACUUCAUUGCCUUGUGGGUGUGGGUGUUAGUGGAGGAGAGCGAAUGAGUGAGUGAGUGAGUGAACGCCUCCCUCCCUCCCUGCCUGCCCAUGUCAAUCUUGGGUUGGCAAGUUCGGUAAUCAGCCAGCAGAACGCCCAUCUUUUCAUCCAGUCCGCCGGUCAGUGAGUGAGUGAGUGAGUCAGGGUUGAGAGUGGAAUACGCUCGAAGGCGGGUGGGUCAUGUCGAAUCAGUACUACUUUGUGAUCGUGGGUCAGGGCGACAAUCCCGUGUUCGAGAUGGAGUUCAGCGCCCCGGGCAAGGAGUUCCGCAAAGACGAUCACCGCCAUUUGAACCAAUUCAUCGCCCAUGCCGCCCUUGAUCUGGUCGACGAGCACAUGCUCCGCACGCCCAACAUGUACCUCAAGAUGGUGGACAAAUUCAAUGAAUGGUUCGUUUCCGCCUUUGUCACGGCAUCCCGUCAACGUUUCGUCAUGCUGCACGACGUCAAGAAUGAGGAUGGGAUCAAGAACUUCUUUUCCGAGAUGUACGAGACUUACAUCAAAUGGGUGAUGAAUCCCUUCUACGAGCUGAACUCGCCCAUCAAGUCGCAAGCCUUCGAAAAAAAAGCCCAGUUGUAUGGUCGGAAAUUUCUGACCGGAUAAACUGUCGACUGGGCCGCUCAUGGACCCAUCCGUCCAAGUCCACCCGCCGGCCAACCCAUUACCCGAGCACAGUCCAGGUCCCACCCCAUCGCGCGCCGUUUACGGGUUCGUGUGCCACUUAUUGGGCUGUUUGGCCGGCAUCUUGU